AUGGCGCCCAGCGCCGCCGAUAUGGCCAUGCUGGGCCACGAUGGCUCCAUGAUGAACGGUCUGGACAUGGACAUGAGCCUGCCUAUGGACUUGGACCUCGACCUGUCCGGAUCCGCCGAUCAGACUUAUAACCCCAUCACGCCUCAGCACGCGAGCAAUGGCACGAGCGCGCCAAACCAAGACCAGGCCAUGGUCACCAGCAAUGGCGGAUACACAGCGAGGGAGCAGGCGCAACAAGAUGCGCCGAUGACAGGUGCGGGCGCUGGACCCCUUCCCACGGGGUUUGGCAUGGGCCCUCAGACAACGGGUAGCACGCUCACCGAGUUUACCAAGCGACGGAAUUGGUCGCAGCGCAUCAUUGAAGAGCUCAAGGACUUUUUGCACAUUCUCACACCCGAUGGCCGGAUACUGUACGUGUCACCGUCUUGUAAGACGAUCACAGGAUAUGAGCCCCAACAGCUCAUUGGCAAGUUCAUUGGCGAGUUGGUACACCCGGACGACAGUGGCAUAUUUAUGCGCGAGUUCAACGAGAGUAUAGCAAGUGGGAAUGCUUUGCGGUUUUUCUAUCGCUUCAAGAAAGACGAUGGCACGUACAUGAUCUUUGAAUGCGACGGACAUCCGCACAUAUCUCCCGAACCACCAGGCGCGACCACAUUCGGGCAAACACCAGCAGGUCAAUCGGUUGCUGUGGCCGGGCUAUGCAGAGGGUUCUUCAUGAUGGCGCGGCCGUACCCUACGAAGAAUGCGGCACUUCUAGACUCAUUCCUGGAGCAUAAGAUUGAGAACGAGAGGUUAAUGAAGCGCAUCGAAGAGCUGAAGCGUGAAGAGGUGGAAGAGAACGCGGAACAAGAUAGACUAUACAGGGAACAAGCGGCAUCGGCAGCCGGGGCUACGCCAUCAGAGUCGCAGGUCGCUGCAUCAAGAGCGGAAAACACGCAGAGUUCAGAAGCGCCAGGUACUACACCCAACUAUCAAGGCAUGCCGCCUCCUGCCAAACCGCCCAUAUCCAACACAGCGCUCACACGGCAAAACCUGGACAGCGCACUUUCAUCACAGAAGCCGGACAGCAUUGCAGACAAGAUGUCACGAUACGAAGCCAACAGCACGCACUUGGAAGGCAUUGAAUUGCUCACAGGUCUACGAUAUCGGGACGGCGAGCGUAGUCACGGCAUAUCGACUGGUGAUACAUCUCCUGCGCUCAUUCGAGGUGACGCCGGUAUAGCAAUCCUGCUGGAUCGGGAUAGAGAGGGAUCAAAGAAGGAGAAGAAGAAGCUCAAGGUCGCCGAUGAGUACGUGUGUGCGGAUUGCGGAACGUUGGAUUCACCUGAAUGGAGGAAAGGGCCGAAGGGCCCCAAGACGCUUUGUAACGCAUGCGGUCUUCGGUGGGCGAAGAAGGAAAAGAAGCGAUCUGGGGACGAUGUCAAGAACAGCAACAGCCCGGCGGGUAACGGAUUGGGGGCGCAACAACCUCUACCUCCAGGUGGCACAAUAGGACUCACGUCCAACGGGCAGCCGCCUGGUAUGCCCAUGGGGAAUAGCAGCGGCGAUAGCGGGCAGGGAAUGCAACAGUGA